AUGGCAAAUGCUAUCUUCCUUUGCCUUCUCUUAUUUAUUGAAGGAUAUUGUUGGGCUGCUAAUCACAACAUGCUCAUCACUUCGCAUGACGCUGUUAUAUCCGCCUUGAAAUCAAGUCAAGUAAUUCCUGAUGUUCUUGAUGAUUUUCGUGUCUCUGGAAUAUUGAAGCCUAGUUAUGGCGAAAGCAAAGACGAUGAUGCUGACAAUCCACUCGAUGUGAAUCUUGGAAAUGAAUUGACUCCCAACGAUACCGCGAAAGCUCCCAAAGUUUGGUUUGCGACUGAUGAACCGGAUUCUGAAGAUCAAUUUGCAUUGGUGAUGGUUGAUCCGGAUGCCCCUAGUCGUGCAAAUCCGACAAACCGUGAAUUUCGUCAUUGGGCUGUUGGAAAUAUUCCUGCAAACGCAAACUUGGACAAAGCCACUACACUGACCCCCUACUAUCCACCAACGCCACCAGCUGGCUCAGGAAAACAUCGAUACGUAUUUGUGUUGUUCAAACAGCCGCAACGCGAUAUCCAGUAUAAUCUGCCGGAAGCACGAUCGAACUUCAAUACGCGUGAAUUUGCAAAAAAUUAUAAGUUGAAGAUUAUUACUGCGAAUUUCUUUUACUGUGAGAAUAGCGGAUGA